AUGCCUCUCCAGCAAGAUACACACGAGCUUACGGAGACGUGUCAAAAUAGUUCAAUAGAACUCGGUGAACCUUUGAAAAAGAUCAAAGAAUCAUCUUCUUUCAUACAUACAAAACACAAGGAUCCAAACAUCAUCUUAACAGAGCCAACGAGUGCCAUCCAUGAUGAUGCAUCCUCCAACAACACCACACACUACGACAACCAAGAAAAGAAGGAGAUUGAACCAAGCUCGUUAAAUGGCAAACAGCCUGCAGACAACAACAUUGACAGCCCGACAAGUUUGCCAAAACAGAGUGCAACGUUGCAUUCAACACAAGAAUUGGUUGCCAAUGAUGAUGACGUCAAUGUCUCUGUCGAGUUGAUGAACAAAACAAGAAAGGAAAAGUUCAUUUUUUAUAUCAAAUUGCUGUUUGCGCACUUGUUAGGUGUGUUGAAGUUGUGUUGGCCAACAGUAGUGAUGAAUGUGUGCAACGUGACCUUAGGUUUAGAAUCAUUAUCUUUCAUUGGCCAUAUCAAAGUUGAAGAUGAGACGAUGAGUGCAGAAGAGAAAGGCAAAAUGAGUGAACUUCACAUGGCUGCUGCAUCCUUGGGAAAUUCAUUCCUCUUUUGUUUUAUUUAUAUUGCUGUUGGACUGACUCAUGGACAAGAUACAUUGGUUUCACAAGCAGUCGGAGCGAAUAAUUUAAAGAGAGCAGGUCAAAUUCUUGCUCGUUCCAUCACAACCAUCAUCCUUGCAUUGAUUCCGAUUAGUGUGAUUCUCUGUGUGGUUAAUUAUUCAUUAAUAUUGAUGAAUCAAGAGGAUAAUCUAGUUCACUUGGUUGGUUUGUAUUUGAGAAUUUUGGUUCCAGGUGUGUUGCCAUUCACUUUGUGUGAAGCUCUUUCCUUGUUUUUGGUCUCUCAACACAUUCUCUUGCCCAAUGUCAUUAUUUGGCUUUCAUCCAUUUUCCUUAAUUUUGGACUCACUUAUGUGUUUGUAUUUGGCGUUGGAUUUAAGGGAUUGGGUUUUAUUGGAGCUCCAAUUGCCACCACCAUCACUCGAUACUUUAUGUUAACCUGUUACAUUUCUGUCAUUUACUUUAAGGGAUACAUGAAAAACACUUGGCAUGGAUUUGUCGAUGUUCGAAAUGUCUUUCAAUGGGCAGGAUUUAAGGAAUUCUUAAAAUUGGCAUUACCAGGUGCUCUCAUGUUAACAUUUGAGAUUUGGGGUUUCGAAAUCUCCACCAUCACCUCUUCCUUUGUCAGUCAAACAGCCCUUGCUGCUCACUCGGUGGUGUUACAAAUAUCUGCCCUGACCUACAUGGUACCUCUUUCUCAAGCAGCAGCCACUUCCAUUCGGAUUGGUCAAUUAUUGGGAGCUCGACAACCCAUGCGAGCCAAGUACACUGCUUACAGUUCCAUGAUGUUUGCCGGAUUGAUCAUGUUUCUAUCAGGAAGUACUCUGGCACUUGCUCGUGAUUACAUUCCAAUGAUUUAUACCGAAGAUCCAGAAAUCAUUUCAAUGAGUGCUUCUGUAUUUCCAUUGUGUGCUAUUUUCCAAUUGUUUGAUGGAGUUCAAGUGAUUGGUGGUGCUGUGAUUCGAGGAAUAGGAAAACAAGUGAUUGGAGCAGCAAGUAAUUUAAUUGCGUAUUAUGUGUUGGGAUUACCCACAGGAGCUGCUCUUGCUUUUGGAGCGAAAUGGGGACUUGUUGGUAUUUGGUGUGGUCUCGCAUUUGCUCUUUUUGCAGUUUCCAUUGUUUUGGCACUUUAUAUCAUCUUUCGAUUGAAUUGGAGAAAGGAAUCUGAAACAGCUUUUGAACGAGCCACAAAACAUACAAUGACAACGAAUGAGAGUACAUCCAUUUCAACCAAUGAGGACCAUGUUGAGACUAAAAUGUCAAUAGAUUUGGAAAUGAAUCCAGUGAAUCUUGAUGUGGCAGCAGCUCAACAACACUCUCCAAUCCAACUUUUUGUUCAAUCAGGUCAAGAAAAUACUUCCUCAAACAAGACAUCUCCGACUAUUGUUGAAGACGAUCAAGCCAGAGACGACUUGGUUGCAACUUGUCUGAAACUAUCCACCAGUGUGGACGAAGAAGAAGAACCCAUCGAAAAGAAGGCUGCUCGACGUUUAGAAAAAUAUCAUUCUCGUUUGAAAUUGCUUUCAGAGUCUGUCGAUAGUUUGGAGGAGGAAUGA